GAAUACACCAUUGUAAAGCAAUUAUACUCCAAUAAAGAUGUCAAAAAAAAGAGAGCCAGGGCAUGAAACUUUCAGAGUCCACUUGUACUGCGGUGUGUAUACAGAGAUCCCCCCCAACCCCUUGAAUGAGGUCACCAUCCUGCAGAGAGAAGUUACUGAGUCCCUCCCUGCCACCUUGCCCCCAGCACCUCCCAGGCUGACCUCCCAGCAGAGCCUUGCAAAUCAAUGGACAGGCCCAAGGCCCUGCCUUAUUAGAGUAUUACUGAGUUUACGAAGUACCUUGCACAUAAUUAUCCCAUGUGACCUCCCACCUUUGAGGUAGACAGGGCUAGAAUCCUUAUCUUCAUUUUAAAGCCAGGGGAAACCAGGUGACAGAGGACCAUGGCUUACUCAAGCUUAUGUAAGGGCCAAGUAAAAGAGAAAGGCCUCAGACGUGGGCCUUCUGGCUUUAAGUCCAGUUCUCCUUCCAGACAACCUGCUACUGUGGAUGAAAGCGGGUUCCACCCCAAGCCACAGAGAAUACGUUGCUUUUGCAGAUUAACCUUAAUUUUCUCCAUAGGUAGAGUGGUUCAUUUGCAAAAACUAGUACAGUUGUUCAAGGUUCAAGUGACAUUUGUAUCCAAGCUAACUCUGUGGAUCCUUCACGUAAGACAAUUUCCUCCUUUGUUCAGAUAGAAUUGAUUUGAGUCUCAUGGGCCCUCUGUCCUGUAGGUGCCUUGUGGUGAGAAUUAGUGACUUAACUGUGAUGCUGUAUACAGAUUCUUCAGUCUUCUCUCUAUACCACUAUUGCUUGUUCCAGGAUAAGAAAAACUAUAAUACAAUAGUUUCGAUUCAAUUUCAAAGUGUUUUAAUUGUAAAACACAAGUAUGUACUCCUUAUUCCAUUCAUUUAAAAUAAGGGGGAAUUGGAAAAUUUAACCAUUUGUCAAAUAUUUUGGUUCUAAUUCGAUUCAUCUUAAAAUCUUAUAUUAAAUAAAAAUGCUUAACUCUGAUGCACUUUUGCAUUAGAGAAAGGAAUUAAUUCAUGUAUUUGUAGUCUACUUACUGCUUGUGGGAAAUAGGCACUUUGUGCCAUUAUAAUUUCAUAUUUCUACAUGACCUCAAUUUAAUAUAAGGGAAGAACCAACCACAGCUUCAACCCUUGUCCAUUUACAGAACCUUCUGGGAGCCAGUCUCCAUUUGUAACAACCAGAUUCUAAGACGCACUUUGAGUUUUAUAAGCAUUUGUUCUUUUCUCUGGGGAUAUAUAACUUUUAGUCAUUUAUAAAUGAUUUAGGUGGCCAUAGAACAUUUUGAUUUACUGUCAGCAAUGAAAUUAGCUUUCCAAUGAAAAAAGCAAGAAUUUCUAUAUCUGGAUUUCCUACGGCACAAAUAGAAGCCGUUGGUAUGCACGUAUCAUUACCUAAUCUUUUGCAAAGUUUCUAUUCCUGAGCAUUGAUGUCAAAUGGUCAAGAGAGUUUCACAUCUCUGGUUCAUGUGCCCCCACACAGAGUCCAAUGGUCUCUCCGCCAGUCUCAUUUUCAGGACUUCCCCACUCCCUGACUUUUGACCUGGCUGUGGUUGAAAAGUCUUGGGACACAAUUUCCAUUGCCCUUUGGUAUUGGGCUGGACAGCCAAGCUUUGCUGUUACUAGUUUAUUUUUAAUCCUAGAAAUUAUGUGUUUAUUUCCACAAUGAGCAAAUGUGGGUAAAUCAGUACAUAGAGGCAGAGCUAGCAACAUGGUAAGAUGUGGUGCCCCAGGUUUCCUUAGUUGAAGACAAUUAUGUGAAUGUCACCCCAGGAGGCAAACAGCUGGGAAAGCUUCAGCGCCCUGUGCAUUUCAUUCAGAAGGACUAAUCCACAUCUCCCUGUGGCCCUCUGACCCCCAACUAGUCAGAGAAAGAAAUGAGCAACUGGGACUAAAUGACCUAAAAGCAGCGAUGUGAUGCUUUCUUUCUAUGGGGGCGGAGAGCUGAAGGGCAGGGCCGUCAGAGAAGUGCACAGCCCCCUUGCCUGCAUACCAACACCCUGCAGUCCUGGGAGUCCCAGAGCCCCCCAGAGAAGUAGGACCACCUCAUCGUGCUCUGGCCAAGACAGGUGACUGACAGCCCAACCGAGCUAAGAUGGAGAGAGGAACAUGGCAUAUUAACUGUUUCUUCUUCCUUCUCCUCUUUGCUGGGCAAGUGCCCUUAUGAAUCACUUGUCAGGAAUUUCACCCCGUCCUGAGGCAUUAAACCAGAGAGAGGAAAAGUUCAGACUGACCUAUAAAUGCUGUGGUAUCAUUUAACAACCUUAUUUAGUGAAUUACUGAUUACUGGACCUCGCUUUCAAAGUAUAGAGUUAUGCUUAGACCGUAUUAGCCCUUAUUAGAGUGAAUAAAUGACAUCUAAUUUUGGACACCCUAUAGAGUACUUCGGGGCUUUCCAUAUGGCUUAUACUUUAAAUAAAGUUUCUGACAUCAAGCUUUUUCCGCACAAAUCGGUGAGCGGUACCAGGAUUUGUACACCUUAUGGAGCUUCUUCUUGGCUUAUCCAUUCGCAGGAAGUAUCUCUUUAUACUUCCUGAUUACUAAGAGUAUUUAAAGUGUGUGCAUCUUCUCACAGGGAGCCCAAACUAACUGCACCACACUUCUUGUAGUACAGGCGGGGCAUGUGUCAGUGCUCUUAUCUGAUUUGCCAUAGGCUGUGGUAGCAGAGUGAGCUCAAAGGUGAAAUUAGCUCAGGCUAAUUUAGAAACAUUUGUUUAGCAUAUGUUCUCUAAGUAAAACAUGGAAUUGCAAGCACAAUGAUGAACAAGAAGUGGAACAUGUUAAAAUGGCAUUGCCUGGUAUACCGCCACCUAGGCUGGGCUGGGAAUUCGGAUUGCAUGCCUAUUCUAAUUUGGCUGGGGGGUCAGCUAGUGUGACCUCUAGACCCAUGUGGCAAGGUCUGCAGGGACCUCAUCCAGUCCAUAUGGCACAAUCUCUGCAUUGUUGGUGCUGGGACCAUGUCUCCUGACUCCCCCAUUACCGAAACCCUUUGAUUAUUUUAGGGAGCUUCUGUUAUUACGUGAAGAUGCUUUCAUCUUUGCAGAUGAAUUCGGAUGAGAAAAAGAAGAGGUGUGUAGGAUUAGAGGCGGGAAUCUUCGUAGAAACUUCCUACCCCUUAUCUGCUUCUCAUCAUGGCCACCAGCAAAAGAAACCUCCCAAACGUGAUGUUCUUAUUUCAGGGAGAGGGACCUAUUAUGGAUCUAGGUUAGGUGCUCAAUAAAUGUAAGUUGACUGAAUGAGAACAGGGGAGAGCCAUGAGAGGGAAAUGGGAAUUAAAAAGUAAACUUUGGGCAUCAGUAAAAGUUGACUCUGGAUAGGAAAACCAAUCAAUCAGUGGGACACUUGAGGGAAAAGGGCAGACCGUAUGCCUUUUUCACUGCUGUAUCUCAGUGUCUUUUACAUAUUGGUGCUCGACAAAUACGUGUUGAAUUAAAUCUUUAUGUAAUACACAGAUAUUUAAUGUGUAAGGCACUGUUCUUGGCUCAUUGGGAAUCCCCUGCCCUCAGGUAACUUCUGCAUUCUAGUGGCAGAAACAAAUAAUCAACAAAGAAAUACAACGUCAAGCAGUGAUAAGGAACUUGAAAAAUAAAUAUAUACAUCAGCUAGGGAGAUAGAGAGUGAAGGAAGGGCUUGGUAUUUUAAUGAGGUUGGUCAGAGAAGUUCUCUGAGGAGAUGAUGUCUCAUCUGGUUCAGGAAAGAGAGGAGGGAACACAUCAUGCAAAGAUCUGGAGUCAACAUUCCAGGUGCAGCAGAGGCCUAGGAGAGAGCUGGCCUGGGGAGAUUGAGGAACAGCAGAGAGGCAGUGUUGCUGGAGCCCAGUGACCACGGGAAGGAGGGUGAGAGCAGAUCAAAGAAGAGUCCUGGGCCAGGCCAGGAAGAUCAUUACCAUUAGAAUAUUUGACCGUGAGGAAUAUGAGAAAGAGUGCAGUUUCUCCCUUGUGCUUGAGGAACCAAAAUGGAUAAGAAGAGGAAUGAAAGCCCUGUUAUUGAAUGAGCUUGGUGGCUUCACAAUAACAGACGAAUAUGACGACAAGCAGCCACUGACCAGCAAAGAAGAGGAGGAGAGGCGCAUUGCAGAAAUGGGGCGUCCCAUUCUGGGAGAGCACACCAGGCUGGAAGUGAUCAUCGAAGAAUCCUAUGAGUUCAAGAGUACCGUGGACAAACUUAUUAAGAAGACAAACCUAGCCCUCGUGGUUGGGACGAACAGCUGGAGAGAGCAGUUUAUCGAAGCGAUCACUGUCAGUGCUGGGGAAGAUGAUGACGACGAUGAAUGUGGGGAGGAGAAGCUGCCCUCCUGCUUCGAUUACGUGAUGCACUUUCUGACUGUGUUCUGGAAGGUUCUCUUCGCCUUCGUCCCCCCUACAGAAUACUGGAAUGGCUGGGCGUGUUUCAUCGUCUCCAUCCUCAUGAUUGGCAUACUGACGGCUUUCAUCGGAGACCUGGCUUCCCACUUCGGCUGCACCAUCGGCCUGAAGGAUUCGGUGACCGCGGUAGUGUUCGUCGCACUUGGAACGUCAGUGCCAGACACAUUUGCAAGCAAAGUGGCCGCCACCCAGGACCAGUACGCAGAUGCGUCCAUAGGUAACGUCACGGGCAGCAACGCAGUGAAUGUCUUCCUGGGAAUUGGCGUGGCCUGGUCCAUCGCUGCCAUCUACCAUGCAGCCAACGGGGAACAGUUCAAAGUGUCCCCUGGCACGCUGGCUUUCUCCGUCACUCUCUUCACCAUUUUUGCUUUCAUCAAUGUCGGGGUGCUGCUGUAUCGGCGGAGGCCAGAAAUCGGAGGUGAGCUGGGUGGGCCCCGGACUGCCAAGCUCCUCACAUCCUGCCUCUUUGUGCUCCUGUGGCUCUUGUACAUUUUCUUCUCCUCCCUGGAGGCCUACUGCCACAUAAAAGGCUUCUAAAGGAACAAUCAGAUGUAGUAAAUUUAUAUAUAUAUAUACAUAUAUAUACAUAAAAAAUUAUGUAUAACGAACAGAAGAAACUGACAUUUGUCAUGUCCACUUACCUGCUGAUGGAAUCCAGCUUCACAAGCAGACUCUGUACUAGGGCCGGAGUGAGAAGGCAUCACCUCCUGUUCCCAGGGGCGUCGUCACGUUGAACCAGGCGUGGAGGCAGGGCCAUCUUUGCAGCUCAGCCUCUGAGGGCUGUGUUCUCCCCGGGUUCAUAAAUCGUAAAGUCUUUGAUUUGUUUUCUGUUUGUUUUUGCUUGUUUGGGGGGUGGUGGGGUUGGGGAGGUAGUUGAUGUUAGGCUUUUGUUUUGGUUUUGGGGGGAGGAUCAGGGUUUUUGCUUCUCUUGUGGGAGGUGAUGACCAAUCUAAAUGCAAAUGGGUUUCGGGUAAAAAUGGAAAUCAUUACGAUAACUCUCCCUUCCCCCAAACAUUUAAAAAAUUAUUUUGGAUUAAGAGAGGAAAUGGGCAUGGAAGAAGAAAGAAGCAUGUCUUCACCAUAUAACUAAAUUGCAUGCGCAUCUCUGGGAUGGGAGCAGAGGUGAAGCUGCCUCCAGGAAGAAACAUGGCAGCUGGAAUGGAGCCCAGAAAAGUCAUGGUCCUAGAUAGAGUCUGAUAGUGAAAGAUAGGCCUGGCACGCUUGUUCACCAGGUACAGGAACAUCGCGCCUAGAUUCCCAGGAACAUGCAAAAUCCUUUCUUAUCUCUUUAGCACUGGACUGUGAUUAGGAAGGCCCUUAUAUUCUGGUGUUCCAGCCCUGCUAACCCCCCAGGCCCCCCCAUCCCAACCCUCCCGCUCACCUCCCCUCAUACAAACAGGAAGAAUAACCCCAUUCCAAAAGCACAUCAUCCUUUUCCACUUGCAUCAGUGUGUGUCCCAGUCCCACGUUGCUCUUGCCUGGGAUUGUCCAUCAGUUUUGUUUGCAAAAGCAUCCAUGGCCUGCACACUCCUGUUCCAGUCAUGACCGAACAUCUGCUCCUCCUUCAUGGGCCUGUUUGGGAAUGUUGUUGUGAUACCUGUUACACAGUGCAUGGAUGAAAAACGAAUACAACAAAACCAAGCGUCUCUGUACAUAGUAGAGUAUAGCACAUACCGUUCUCCCAUCGGGCAACGUUGAUUGAUUGGUCGUUGAAGACAUACGUGAGUUUUCUUUUCACCUGAGUUGUAACUUUUGUGUUGUUAUUGAGUUUGAUUAGGGAUAAAAGGAGAAAAUGGCUUAUUCAUGGACCUGCAUGUUCAUUUCUAAGAAGCAAUAACUGUCACAUGGGAAGUUAAAGCUAUUGAGAGGACAGUAGGCAAAGUAUCUUCAUGGAAAAUUAGCCACUUGGUACACAUCAGAGCCUCAAAAACUCACCUGUUGGUUCAGGAAGGCCAAGGAGAAGGGCAUGUAGAGAAGGGGAUGCGUUAGAUGUGCCUGAGCUUUGAAAGCUUCCAUUCCCACAACACCCCUGCCCCCAAAGUAUUUAUUUCACAUCUGCUCUGUCUGGCACAGACGGUAGAUCGUGCUGGUUUGUUCAUUUUAUUUUUGUAUGUAAAAGGCAAUUUGGAGCCCUGUUUCUUUCACCAUCCAGACCCCUCUGAUUGUAUCUGCAGUUCCUGAGGAGGAAAGAAGCCGUGGUUAGCAACAGGCCUUUAAAAGUGUAUCUUCUCUACUUAGGACUAAGGAGGAAGCAAUUAAAUGGGAUGAUGAGUGCCUCCCAGGAGCAUUGCCCUGGGAGAUUUUUAACGCUGGAAAAGGAAUGGCUCUUUCUGUUUCACAGUAUCAGAGAGGGUGGAUAAACCCAACAUUCCAAAGCCAUGAGUCCACGAAUGAGGUAUAAAUGGAAUGACUGAGGUCCCCUCUCAGACACUUCUCUAGCCAUAAAGAAUCCCAGGCCGGAGACACCCCUAAGCCCUCUGUAUUGAUUCAAAGAUCCUUAACUCUCAACAAUUUUAAUUUGUAUUUUCUUCCACUUAAUCAUCAGGCUCAUUCAUCAUUUAAUAAACAUUGGGUGACCGAAUGAAUAAUUAAAUGCUUGUUACCCACUCAAUAUGCCAGGUACUGUGCUACCUCUUGGGGACUAAACCAUGGACAAGACAGCCCAGAUCCCUGCCCAGAGGGGGUUAAUGCAGUCACAUGGAAACAGUCUGAUCUUACGAGAAAAACACAAUUCUGAAACCCUCUUGUCUAAAUAUCUAAGAUUGUCUUUAACUGAGACAGUAUAAGGCAUAGGGUACGAAAAGCAGUCUAUGUAUCCUUAGCCCGUCUUGCAGAUCUGCACAUCUUCCCAUUUUAAAGCAAGUAAGGCAAUUGUGCUGGUGAUCCAAUCACUGAGAAGGCCCAAUUAACCCCAAUUUUUAUCUUUCUUGGACAGCAGUGCUUUUCUAUGCCCCCCACGGCUCUACAAUUUCUCCUAUCUCUUGCAGCCUCACCCCUACCUGUCAUGGCCCAACACACUGGUGGCCUAACUCCUUUGAGGGCAAACUCUAACCCUUUUUUUUUUUUUUUUUGAAGAUUUAUUAAAUAGAAAGCUAGCCUAGGAACACCAAGUAAACUGUCAAGGGAUAUGAGUUGUUGAAACAUUAGAAAGACUUUGCCCUCCUUUCUAGCCAUAUUUGGAAUGUUAAUAAUCCCACAGCAAAUUUUCACAAAGGACUUUAAGAAAUCCUUGCCGUUGGUCAACUUCAAAGCUUUUUGGUUUGUUUGUUUGCUUUUUAAAUUUUCAUGUUUUCGAGAAAAUAUGAUUCUGGUUGUUCAGGGUUGUAUUAGGAAUUAUAGUCGUGUAAAAUUAUUUUGUUUGAUUAUUUUGUGUGUAUUAUGCACAGCUUGGGGGGGAAGUGCACUAAUUGUGCUGUUCCUUAUAAAUGGUACACACUAUUGACACAGACAAAUAAAGUUUCUAAUUGUUUCUGAUUUAAUCACUAGCGAUACAGCAUAUUCUGUAUGGAAUGUUUUCUCUCUCCUCAUUGUCAUCUACUUCAUCUUUUGCUUUCAUGUUUUGAAGAAAUAAAGACCGAAAAGGUA